GAGAAGCAACUGAUGUGUUUAGAAACUGGAAUUGCAUUCUCUGAUGGAAGAAAGCAUAAUGUACACUUCCCAAAACCCAGUAUAAUGAAGGGGCAUAAAUGUUUUCAAUGUGGAAAGUACUUCAGAAACAGAUCACAUCUCAUUGUUCACCAAAAGAUCCACAGAGGAGAGAAACCAUUUGGAUGCUCAGAGUGUGGAAAGAGAUUCAGUAGGAGUGGUGAUUUUCAACAGCAUCAACGAAUCCACACAGGGGAGAAGCCUUUCCAAUGCUCAGAGUGUGGGAAGAGAUUCAGUCGUAGUGACAGUUUUCAACGGCAUCAACAAACCCACACAGGGGAGAAGCCAUUUGAAUGUUCUGAGUGUGGGAAAAGAUUCCGUCGGAGUUAUAGUCUUCAAGAGCAUCAACGAACCCACACAGAGGAGAAGCCCUUUGAAUGCUCAGAGUGUGGGAAGGCAUUUAGUUCUAGCGGCAGUCUUCAAAAGCAUCAACGGACCCACACAGGGGAGAAGAUGUUUGAAUGCUCAGAGUGCGGGAAGAGAUUCAGUUGGAGUGGCCCUCUUCAACAGCAUCAGAAAACCCACACAGGAGAGAAGCCCUUUGAAUGCUCAGAAUGUAAGAAGAGAUUCAUGCACAGUGGCACUCUUCAAAGACAUCUAAAAACCCACACAGGGGAGAAACCUUUCAAAUGCUCAGAGUGUGGAAAGAGUUUCCAUGAGAGCUGCCACUUUAAAGAGCAUCAAAGAACCCAUACUGGGGAGAAGCCCUUUGAAUGCUCACUGUGUGGGAAGACAUUCACUCAAAGAAGUCAUUUAUAUCAUCAUCUAAGAACCCAUACAGGGGAAAAGCCUUUUGAAUGCUCAGAGUGUGGGAGGAUAUUCAGUCGACGUGACAGUCUUCAACAGCAUCAACUGACCCACACGGGGGAGAAGCCCUUUGAAUGCUCAGAGUGUGGGAAGAGAUUCUCGCAAAGUGACACUCUUCAGAAGCAUCAACGAACCCACACAGGGGAGAAGCCCUUUGAAUGCUCAGAGUGUGGAAAGAGAUUCAUGCACAGUAGCACUCUUCAGAAGCAUCAACGAAUCCACACAGGGGAGAAGCCUUUUGAAUGCUUAGAGUGUGGGAAGAGAUUCAUGCACAGUGGCCUUCUUCAACAGCAUCAACGAACCCACACAGGGGAGAAGCCCUUUGAAUGCUCAGAGUGUGGGAAGAGAUUCAAUCGGAGUAGUUCUCUUCGACAGCAUCAAGAAACCCACACAGGGAAGAGGCCAUUUGAAUGCUCAGAGUGUGGGAAGAGAUUCAGUCGGAAAGGCACCCUUCAACAGCAUCAACAAAUCCACUCAGGGGAGAAACCAUUUCAAUGCUCAGAGUGUGGGAAGACAUUCACUCGGUGUGCCAGUCUUCAAGGGCAUCAAAGAACCCACACAGGGGAGAAACCCUUUGAAUGUUCCGAGUGUGGGAAGAGAUUUAUUUCCAGUGGCACUCUUCAAAGGCAUCAACGAACCCACACAGGGAAGAAACCUUUGAAUGUUUAG